AUUAGAUGCUGGCUUCGAUAACAGCUCGAACACUCCAUCGAAUUUGAUCAGAAACAAAGAAUAUUUGAAGGACAACACAUUGAAAAAUGUCGAAAACGUACACACUUGGAAACUGGGUGACUGCAGAUCUCAAAACCAUUUGCAGACACGUAAAAAACGUGCGAGAAUCGCCCGAAGUCACACGACCAUCGCUUUUAGCCUUGAAAGAUUUGAUUGAAACCGACCCUGAAGUGAACAUGCUCUUCUCAACCAUGUUCACUUACAAAUUCGACGACCCAGAUAUCCCGGAGAGCCCCAUCUCAGACUACAUGAAUAUGCUGCAAAAGAUGGAGACGAUCAUUGCGAAACCCCCCGGAUAUAAUGAUCCCCUCGGCAGUGCGCCCCUUAAUCACAUCCUGAUCUAUGUGAUGGCAACUCCUCCAGGAACCAUGGCUUUUAUCAACGAUAAAGUCAACAAAUGCUUCAGAGAUAUUCUCAACGACUGGGCACAGCUGUUGAACAACGAGGACUCGAAAGACGUCCUAAAUACGAAGGAUGGAUGGUUGUGCCCCGAGUCAUUGGCGAAAAUGCCCGACUUCCUUGAGACGUACCAAGUCGACUUGACCGAUCCUUUGUACUAUGGAUUCAAGUCCUGGAAUGAUUUUUUCGCCAGAAAACUGAGAACGGACAAAGAUGUUCGCCCAGUUUGGCGACCAGAUGAUCCCUACUCGAUCAGCUGCCCUUGCGAAGCAUUUCCGUAUUUCAUUGAAAGAAACCCGAAGCUCCGCGAUGAAUUUUGGAUCAAGUCUCAGCCGUACAGCUUGCAACAUCUGCUGGAUGACGACGCCUUGACCGAAAAAUAUGUGGGAGGUACCGUGUACCAGGCCUUUCUCAAUUCUACCAACUACCAUCGCUGGCAUGCACCGGUUGAUGGUACAAUAACCAAGGCAUACAUCAAGGAAGGCGCCUACUACGCAGAAGCUCUCUCAAUGGGUUAUGAUCCAACAGCCAAUACCUAUUCCCAACGCUACCUCAGUCACGUGGAUACCCGUGCCAUAAUCCACAUCGACACAGGGAACCCAAUUCUUCGUACAGUCAUCUUCAUCGCCAUAGGAAUGGCCGAGAUUUCAAGCUGUCCUAUCGAUGUUUACUACGGGCAAAAAGUGAAAAAGGGCGAUCCUCUGGGAACCUUCAUGUUUGGCGGGUCCUCGUAUUGCCUGCUCUUUGAGAAUGGCGUGCAUGUCAGGUUCACCGCGGAGUUUUAUCCAGAGCAACUAUGGCCAAAACUACUGCAACAGGUCAAUGGCAAUCUUGGUAGAAUCAAAAGUGUCUGAAUUGCCCUGUAUAACUAACAGAAAGAGCAUCUAAGAGGCACAACCUUUUGUUUUAUAUAAUUCUACAUAAAAAAUUCAUGAAGUAGUAAGUAGUUGAUAAGGGACGAUUCAAUUGGUGAUUUUGGGCUAGACUGGUGCACGAGGAAUCAAACUGAGAUACGAUAUAAAAGGGUGAUAAUUAUUAUGAAAAAUUUAGUUCAGGAUAGAUGGUCUGUCUCAUGUGUAAAUGGAACC